GGAGGUGUCGUUUGAAUUCGAUUUUCACAUUUCGGAGGGAUUUGGGGAAGAGGCUGGGGAAAGGUUGCAUUUCUGGUAGGAGAACCAGCGUGGGCAAAAGCAUGGGAGUGUGAGACAUACUGAGGUUGGAGAGCACACUGCGUGCUUGAGGGGGGCUGACACAAGCAAGACUAGAAAGGAAGAUUGGAGCUAGACCCUUGACUGGCUGGCUGAGGAAUUUGAGCUUUAUUCUGGAGUGAAUGGGGACCCGCGAAGGUUUCUGGGCCCAGGAGUGAUACCACCUGAGCUGCGUUGGGGAAGCUGGCCCUCAGGGAGAGGAAGGCUGGACGGUGGAAGGUGAUCUCUAAGGGCCAGACCAGCUUUGACCUCUGUGGUUCGAAGAAGCCCUGACAGGCCUGCUCCACGCACCUUGGGAGCACACAGCCACGCCUCAGUAGGCACCGAGCCCGCUGCACAGGUUGUGCAGAAGGAAGAGGCCCUGCAGAAGGGACUCGCUGAGCCACCCCCACUCCACUCCAUGUUGGCUGUGCUCUCAGGCUGGCGCCAUGCCCCCCCCUGCAGAGGUGACGGAUCCGUCCCAUGCCCCCGCCGUCCUGCGCCAGCUCAAUGAGCAGCGGCUCCGUGGCCUCUUCUGUGACGUCACCCUCAUAGCCGGAGACACCAAGUUCCCUGCUCACCGCAGCGUCCUGGCUGCUUCUAGUCCCUUCUUCAGAGAGGCCCUGCUGGCUUCAGCCCCACUGCCCCUCCCACCAGUUACUGGGGGCUCGGCCCCCAACCCUGCCACCACCACAGCUGCCUCCUCCUCCUCCUCCUCUUCCUCCUCCUCCUCUUCCUCCUCCUCCUCUUCCUCUUCCUCCUCCUCCUCCUCCUCUUCCUCCUCCUCUCCCCCUCCAGCCUCACCCCCUGCAUCAUCCCCUCCCCGGGUCCUGGAGCUGCCAGGGGUCCCAGCAGCUGCCUUCUCUGAUGUCCUCAAUUUCAUCUACAGUGCCCGGCUUGCACUACCUGGCGGUGGAGGGGACGGGGCAGCUGUGGCAGAGAUCGGAGCUCUGGGGCGGCGUCUGGGCAUCUCCCGCCUGCAGGGCCUCGGGGAGGGAGGUGAUGCCUGGGUACCUCCUGCCCCAGCCCCCAUGGCCACCUCGCAGCCUGAAGAGGACAGCUUCGGGCCUGGGCCUAGGCCAGCUGGGGAAUGGGAGAGUGACAGGGCUGAGGCCCAGGCUUCUGACUCGCAGCCCACCCUGCCCCGGCAGCCCCUCCCCUGCCCCCGAUGUGGGAAAAGCUUCAUCCAUCCCAAGCGGCUACAGACCCAUGAGGCACAGUGCAGACGGGGGGCCAGCACUCAGGGGUCUGCAGGGCUGACAGCCGGGGGCUCAGGCCCCAGUGGUCCUGCAGGAGUGGACGCCUCAGCCCUGCCCCCACCAGUGGGCUUCCGCGGUGGCCCGGAGCACGUGGUGAAGGUGGUGGGUGGCCACGUGCUGUAUGUGUGCGCGGCCUGCGAGCGUUCCUACGUGACCCUGUCCAGCCUGAAGCGGCACAGUAAUGUACACUCGUGGCGGAGGAAGUACCCCUGCCGCUAUUGUGAGAAGGUGUUCGCCCUGGCUGAGUACCGCACCAAGCAUGAGGUGUGGCACACCGGGGAACGCAGGUACCAGUGCAUCUUCUGCUGGGAGACCUUUGUCACUUAUUAUAACCUGAAGACCCACCAGCGAGCCUUCCACGGCAUUAGCCCUGGCCUCCUGGCCAGUGAGAAGACACCCAAUGGAGGUUAUAAGCCCAAGCUCAACACCCUCAAGCUGUACCGCCUGCUCCCCAUGCGGGCAGCCAAGAGGCCCUACAAGACCUACAGCCAGGGAGCCCCCGAGGCCCCCCUUUCUCCAAGCCUCAACACACCGGCCCCUGCAGCAAUGCCAGCCAGCCCACCACCUGGACCCCCGCCUGCCCCAGAGCCUGGCCCGCCACCCUCUGUCAUCACUUUUGCCCACCCAGCUCCAUCUGUCAUUGUUCAUGGGGGCAGUAGCAGUGGUGGAACAGGGGGUGGGCCAGCCAGCACAGGGGGGGCCCAAGCCGCCUCGGUCAUCACUUACACUGCUCCCCCGAGGCCUCCCAAAAAACGUGAGUACCCCCCUCCUCCUCCCGAGCCUGCAGCCACACCAGCCAGCGUAGCCACAGCGGGCAGCCCAGCAACAGCCGCAGGGCCCGCCACAGCCACGGAGGAGGCCAAGGGCCGGAACCCACGGGCCGGAAGGACUCUGACCUACACAGCCAAGCCAGCUGGAGGGAUUGGCGGGGGCGGGGGUCCCCCUGCAGGGCCUGGCCGAGGCCCCUCUCAGCUACAGGCUCCACCUCCACUGUGUCAGAUCACUGUGCGAAUCGGUGAGGAGGCCAUUGUCAAGCGCCGCAUCUCAGAAACUGACCUGCGUCCUGGGGAGCUGAGCGGAGAGGACAUUGAGGAGAGUGAGGAGGAUGAUGAAGAGGACGACGAUGAUGAGGACGAGGAGGAGGAGGAGGAAUCAAAGGCUGGUGGGGAGGACCAGCUCUGGAGGCCCUACUACUCAUACAAGCCCAAGCGCAAGGCUGGAGCUACAGGUGCAGGCAGCAGUGGGGGCAGCGGGAUGCCCAGAGGCCGCCGGCCACCACGCUGGAGACAGAAGCUGGAACGCAGGAGCUGGGAGGAGACCCCCGCGGCUGAAGGCCCCACAGGGCGUGCCCGUGGCGAGCGGAGGCACCGCUGUGGGGACUGUGCCCAGACAUUUGCCACCCUGAGGAAGCUGCGAAAGCACCAGGAGGCCCACAGUGGAGGUUCCCAUGGCUCCCGGGCUGGACGUAGGCCUUCCACCCGCUUUGCCUGCCCUCACUGCGCCAAGGUGUGCAAGACGGCAGCCGCCCUGAGCCGCCACGGGCAGAGGCAUGCUGCCGAGCGGCCCGGGGGCACCCCCACACCUGUCAUUGCCUACUCCAAGGGCAGCACCGGCACCAGACCUGGGGAUGUCAAGGAAGAAGCCCCCCAAGAGAUGCAAGUCUCCUCAUCCAGUGGGGAGGCAGGUGGCGGGAGUGCUGCUGCUGAGGAAGCUUCCAAGACCGCCUCACUCCAGGACCCUGUCAUCUCGGGGGGUGAGGAGCCCCCAGUGGUGGGAGGAGGGGGCACCUAUGCCUACCCACCUGUGCAGGAAUUUCCACUGGCUCUAAUUGGGGGUGGCCGGGAACCUGGCGGUGGCAGGGGAAAACCUGGGAGUGAGGGGCCAGUGGGGGCUGGGGAGGGGGACCGCAUGGAGGCAAUGGGGGCUGCCAAAGUCACCUUCUACCCUGAGCCCUACCCACUAGUCUAUGGCCCCCAGCUCCUUGCCGCCUACCCUUACAACUUCAGCAACUUGGCUGCUCUCCCGGUUGCUCUUAACAUGGUCCUACCUGAUGAGAAGGGAGGGGGGGCCCUUCCCUUCCUCCCAGGGGUCUUUGGCUACACAGUCAAUCCUCAAGCAGCACCCCCUACCCCCCCAACGCCACCCCCCCCAACUCUUCCUCCACCAGUGCCCCCUAAGGGAGAAGGGGAAAGGGCAGGGGUCGAGAGAACCCAGAAGGGAGAUGUGGGGUGAGCUCUUGGCCCAGAUCCCCCCUUUCACCAGAUGCCACCCUCCCUGAACCCCCCGCCACUACCAGCUCCCUGGCCUCCCUGCCCCUUGGGAGUCCCUCUACACUCUUGUGCAGGGACUUGGGGGCCCCUGGAGCUCAGGGGUCAGGCUGCUUUGUGUGAGAUUGUAGUUUUCCCAUCUCCUGGGAAGGGAUCUUUGGUGGUUCCCCUCUCAGUUCUCCUCCAGGGAAUGGCCUCCAUGAGGGGCAGGGCCAGCUCCCAUCCCUUCUCCAGCCCUUGGGGCAACUGAGCAAUAUACUUAUAAGAAUCUCUACUCAUGGCCCCCACCAGCUCUGAAUGUCUAACCCGACCCCCUAAUUCGUAAACCUAGGGGGAAACCAUCUCUCUCCCAUAAUGAUCCCCUCUCAUUCUGAAGCUUUCUCUAAGCCCUUCCCCAGAUGCUUCCUAGCACAUUCCAUUCUUCAUGGCCCAGGGCCUGGACCAGACCAUUGUGAUACCUGACACCCCCCACCUGGGAACAUGGCUUUGGAUUCCAUUCUUCCCAAGCGUGGGUUUCUAUGUCCGUUUCCUUCACGUUAAGAUGCCAUGCCUUCCUUGGCUUCCAUGCCUUUGGAUCUUCCAUAUUCUUCCUCAUACUCCUAGACUCUGGAGAUGGCCUCUCCCAAUCCAGGUCAAGGAGGUGUUGCGGGGAGGGUGAACCUACCUGUCUGUUCCAUGGCUGAGUACUUUCCCAGCCCAGGGCAGCAUCAAUCUUGGCCCUAUCUUGACCCCCAAAUCUAGUGAGCCCCAGAUUCUUCCAAGGCAAAAGAGGUGAGUAGAGCACACCUCUUCCUGCCUCUGCAUAUGGCCUCUUCUGGGAUAAACCAGAUUUGGGGGCCAGGAGGGAGGAGCUCCAUAUGGGAUGGGGAAGGGAAUCUACUUUCUCCCUGUUUUUUCCUGAUGGUUUCUCCCAGACUAGACCAAAUAGCCAGAAAAAUGAUGGGAGUUGGAUGGGUGGGUAAGCCCAAGAUUUGCACAUGACCUCCCAUCCUUACCCUUACCCUCAUCUUCCCCAGUGUCGCUCUCCUCACCAAUCACUCCAGAUGGUUUUUGGGAAACCAUCCUACUCCCUUGGUGGGCUUUGGGGUAUCCCCACCAACUUUCCCUCCAAAAUAGCACCUUACACCCCAUUUUUGACUCAGUUCCCCACACCCAAAGAUCCCAGCCUAGGGAUGGGGUGCAGGGACCUUAAGUAGUCCCUAAUCCCUAAUUUGCACUAGUUAACCCUGGUCAGGGGUCCCUAUGUUUCCUUCCAGUGGGGGAGUUGAAGAAAUGUUUGCUCCUAAUUCUCUUUGAUAACUGGGCCUCCCCUCUCUGUGAUUGGAUGAACGUUUCCCAUCCCACCCACCCCUGCCUCAAAAAAACCCACACAAAAAAAACAAAACAAAACAGCUCACAGGGGAGAGCAAAUUUGGGGGAGCAAAUUUGACAAAUGGGAACUAGAGGAGUGCAGUUUUAAAAGGGGAAAAGUUGCUGUCAUCAAAAUGGCAGCCUUUUUCCCAGCUACUGUUUUCUGGGGCCAAGAUGGCUGCCCUCUCAACAGAUGCUGAAAGGGCAAGAUCAUGGCUUUUGGAGGGAGGUGAGUUUGGGGGAGGGACAGGAGCAUCUUCCUGCUACCCCUUACCCUCCCAGCAUACAGGACGGGGAAGGUUUUCGACAGGCUCCCUGAAUGUUAACCAUGGAGGAGUGUCGCUCCUUCACUCCUCCUCUGUCUCUUUGCACUUUUCUUGGUCUUGGCCACAGUCCGAGUGAAGAGUUUCCUACUGAAUGUACCAAGUUCGAAUUUUUAAGGGGGGAAAAAAGUUUAAAACAGGGAAAAAUGCAAAAAAUAUCACUAAAAAAUUCCCACAGAUCUUGUUUCUGGCACUUUAGAAAAACUGCGAAAAAAGUACAUAAUAAAGAAUACAUAUAUAUAUAUCUA